AUGAGUAAACAGUUUGAAGACCCGAACGCUAAACCGCGCUGUCUCUGGUCACUGCACAAGUCGUCGACGGCCACUGACCCACACUUUCACGACACACUUACAGCUAAGCCUAAGAUAUUGUCCAAUAUAUUGGAACAGAUCGGAGACACACCACUCGUGAGGCUAAACAAGAUUCCUAAAGAGUAUGGCAUUAAGUGUGAAGUGUUGGUUAAAUGCGAGUACUUUAACGCCGGCGGAAGUAUUAAGGAUAGGAUCGCCCUUAAGAUGGUCUGCGACGCCGAACGCGAUGGCGUACUUCGGGAGGGAUUCACUAUCAUUGAGCCCACGAGUGGUAACACUGGUAUCGGGUUAGCGAUGGCGGCAGCGGUUAAAGGAUACAAAUGUAUUUGUGUUAUGGCAGACAAGAACUCUAAGGAGAAAGAGAAAGUAUUGCACGCUUUAGGGGCUAAGAUUAUCCGCACACCGACUUCGGCCAGUUAUCCCUCCCCUGAGAGUAACGUAAAAGUAGCUCAAAAACUCUGCCAACAGAUCGAGAACUCUGUAAUUUUAAAUCAAUACCGCAAUGUUAAUAAUCCAAUGGCUCAUUACGACAACACCGCUCAAGAGAUACUCCAACAAACAGACUAUAAGGUAGAUAUGGUUGUAGUCAAUGCUGGCACUGGCGGUACAGUUACUGGUAUUGGACGUAAGUUCAAGGAAGUGCUGCCCGAUUGUAAGGUGAUUGGUGUGGAUCCGUUCGGAUCAAUACUCGCACAACCGGAGGACUUGAAUAAAUCGGAC